AUGGUUCACGUCGCUUGGGUUUCGCUCCCACUGACCUAUGUUUUCCAGUUAGUCAUCGCGGAGAAUAUCCAAACCCAUUGGCAAGUACCGGAUGGAACACGAGCCGACUUUACAGAGACCUUAUACAACGGAGACACGGUGGAACUCCAAUGGACUGGCUGGGACAGCAUUUGGACGGAUGGCAGCAUCGACACAGCGAUUGCCAAUCUGUACGUCGCCUCGUGGAAUUUCAAUGUUAGCGAGUAUAGCAGAAUUCUGUCAUCUUCCAUCGAUGUCUCAAUCAGCGGAGGCUACAAGUGGAAGAUUGACAUAAGCGCCGACGCCCUAAAGAAUAAUUCCGAGUACGGCCUCUUCUUCGUGAACACAAAUGAAUUCUACUAUGAUGGCGUGACCACGAUCCCGUCAAUGGGAUUCUCCAUCAAGGAAAAGCCGAAAUCUUCUGCCGCCGCGACACCCACACGCUCAACAACCACUCCCACGCCCCUGACAACGAGAACAUCCACCAAUGGCGCGUCAUCGGGGUCAACCUCUGACUCAAAUGGACUCAACAGGAAAGAGUCUGCGGGCAUUGGUGCUGGUGUAGGGGUUGUCGGCACCGCUAUAGUUGUUGGUCUGGGAUACCUGUUGAUCCGACGUCGCAAGGCCUCAUCGUCGGAAACUGCUCAAAAUCCAACGGCUUACCAGCCUACUCCGACUCGAUUUGAACUGGAAUCGGGACAAGAACUGGUUCAAGCUUCAGUGGAAAAGUUGAGCGAGCCUGAUCCUCCAAAUAAUGGUAAUUACCGCAAGUCGGAGCCACAAGAGAUGUUUACGCCUCCGGUUGAGUUACCUUCGCAGCCUUUCGGGCGAUAA